CAUAGGAAACCGUAUUUCUUAAUUAAGAGGUAGAUGUUCAGAUGACCUGCCCUAUAUCGACAAUGAAUCACCCUUUCAAAGAGAGGCGAUUUUAUCUUUUGGUGAUGGUGCUAUUUGUGGUAUUCCUGUUGAACAUAUUCAAUCUGAUGUCGUUUCCAUUCAACGUCUGGAGUCAUCUGAUCGUAAAAAGUGGAAAAAUGACUGACACUAAAGGAUAUGACACUGCCCAUUACUCAGCCAAGAAGAAGAGAAAACCAAAACUGAAAAUUUUGAGUUUCAAGGACAUAAACCUCUGGAAUAGGACAUUAAACCCAUCGAUUUAUGGUCCGGUGGAAGAGUAUCUUCCUGAAACUAUGGAUAAAAGAACGUUUUUGCUUAAAAGACGGAUGCAUCCGACGGAAGAAGACUACCAUAACAUUGCGUCUGGAAAAUACAAGCCUGUUGAUAUAAUGACAUUGGGUCCAUUCAAAUUUCACGAACAGUACCGAAAUCCAUGCUGGUUUGAGGACGAAGAGAGUGAUACAUCAAAUGGACUCAAGUGCCUGCCGUACUUUUAUUUAAUAGGCGCUCCUAAAUGCGGGACAACGGAUUUACAAAGAAGACUUGUACAACACCCAGAUAUUUCUGAUCGUAUCGUGAAAGAACCUCAAUGGUUCAGUAGGAACCGCUUUUGUAAGUACAGUGCCACCUUUUUUGAAGGAAUAGCAUUGGGAAGGUUGAAAAGUGUUUGUUGCAUAAAGGGUCUUGCUGAGGAGAGUUUACUGUAA